AUGAAGACCUCACCAGCGUAUGCCAAUCUAGCCACCAGUCCUCACCAGUGUUCCAUCUGCUUCAAGUCCUACAAGCGACGGGAGCAUCUCCAGCGACAUCGCAAUUCCCACUCCGCAGACCGGCCCCAUCGGUGUCCAGCCUGUCCGAGUACGUUCCAACGAGCCGACGUCUUGCGCCGGCACUUCAGAACCUGCGACCGCAUUAUUUCUAGCGCUUAUCAGGGAGCCACUCGUAAACGUGCUUGCGAUCGCUGUGCGCGUCAAAAGAAAGCUUGCAACAGUGCCCGACCGUGCCAGAACUGUUCCAAGAGGGGAGUGGAGUGCGCGUAUUCCACACCCAAGAACGAUACCUCGGCGGGCACGGAGAUAGCUUCUCCGUCGAUUUCUCUGGGUGCUGAUAGUAGUAAUGCGGCGCCAGCAGCAGCAACAAGUGUUGAUCUGUGGACCCCCCGCACGGGGAACGACGAGCGGCCGGACAGCACUGGAUUUGACGCUUUCGCCUGUCCUGAUCUUGGUCUCCUGCAAUAUUGCGACCAGUCAUGGCAAGACUUGUUCAAUGUAGGCUCGGAGGACCUGUCUCCGACGAGCGGCGACCGCAACUACUUCUUCCAUUUCCUCGACACCUUCACCAGUCGCACUGGCUUUGUCUCGUCCUUUGAAUGCGGAACAUUGGAGCAGAGAUUUAUGGUUCUGUAUAGCAUCGAGGAGAAAGAACGGCUCUCAGACGCUUUUUGGACCAUUGACAUGGACCAAUGCAGUAAUCAGGAGAGUAACAACUCGUACGGCGUCUCAUCGCAAUGGCUCAACGACCCGCUGGCCUUACAGACCCAUCAGAUUCUCCUUCUGAUAAAGGAGGUCGUCAUGAUAAAGCCGCGCAACAGCUGCGUGACCAUCUCGUGGUCUCAGGACAUCGAGCAACGGUGUCUGCAGUUCUUCUCUCCUACGAGUCUCCGGAAGUAUAUUGAACUCUACUGGUUGAUCUGGUCUCCAAACGUGAACUUCCUCCAUCGACCGAGUUUCCACCCGGCGAGCUCCAAGCCAAUUCUUCUGGCUUCGAUGGCCAUCAUUGGCGCCUGUGUUUCGCCAAACCUUGAAGAUAACGACAAUGCUUGGAUGUGGUUCAAUUGUGUCGAAGAGGCUGUCUUUGCCGAUGAGGACUUCAACCGCGAUCCAGUGUCACCGUUCAGCCCUGUUCGUGACAGACAGAAGAUGCAAGCACUGCAGGCCGCUUAUAUGGUCUGCUUGUACCAGAAUUGGGAAGGCACUGAUGCCAGCAAGAAGCGUAUCCGUCGCCAUCGCUUUAGCACCGUCGUUUCGACCGUCCGCGAUCUUGAUAUCACGACAGCGCGUCAUGUCGACUACAAUGCGAAGCACCGGGAUGAGUUUAGCUGGAACGAAUUUAGAUUCCAAGUUAACUCUCCUGCUAGGACUUUUAUCUGGGUCUUUCUGAUGGAUACCGCAUUUGUCACCUUCAACAAUCUGCCGCCACGGAUGGUUGUCAAGGAAAUGAAGAUGCAUGUGGCCGCCCCCGAGUCCUGUUUCCAGGCACCUACGGCCGAUCAGUGCUACGAUGCAAUUCGGCACUGGAUGCCUUCUGCGAGCCUCUGUUGGAAGUUUUCCUUCCGGGCCCUGUUCGAGACCCUGUGCAUCGACGACCUGACAGUGAAGAUGCAACAAGCCGUGGCAGCCCUGGGUCCCUUGAAUCUGUUUACGAUCAUCUCUGGUAUCCACUCGUUGGUCUUCCACUACCAGAGUUUCUUCAGCGCAGGAAACCUGCUCUCACGGACCCACACUGCGCUGCAAAACUUCAAGCAUAUUUGGCACCUCCAUGAAACCACCGCAAUCGGGCGGUUGCCGCAUACGACGGUGGAUGAAAGCAACCUGAACGCCGACAACAUGUGGCAGAGAGUGGGAUUCUGUCGCCACGCGGGCGAUUUCUGGCUUCUGGCAAGUGUCAAAGUCGACCGACUGUCGGUAGCGGAAGCGGAGCAGCACAGGGCAACCAGAGGAGAACUGGUGCCGGACGACAGCGAACAGAGUGACCCGAUUUUGCCGCAAUAUGAUCAAACGAGUAUGCGCCAAGUCAAUGAACUCAUUUCCGAGUUCCAAAGAGUGCACCUCGGCGACAUGCCCUCCGCUGUGGAUUGA